CUAGGAAUGAUCAAAGAAAUUACCUGACAUUUAGGCAUUCAAAAGCAGACUAUUAUUGUGAGGUUGUUCUUCUUUACGGAGUUUAACUUUUCAUAACUUAUUUGGGCUUCGCUUUGCCAGUACUACGCAAUAUAAUACACGCUAGAACAUCUAUCAUCAACAAGAAAAUAUGGCAGAAAAGGUCUACCAGUGCACUGUAAGUGCUCCUGUGAAUAUUGCAGUUAUAAAAUACUGGGGAAAACGCGACGUCGGGUUGAAUUUACCGACAAACAGUUCACUAAGUGUAACUUUAUCACAAGACGAUUUGAGAACUGUGACAACAGCUAGCUGCUCCAAAUCAUUUGAGAAAGAUACUUUGUGGUUGAAUGGAAACGCUGAAGAUAUUUCUGCCAGCAAACGACUUUCCGUUUGCGUACAGGAACUGCGUAGUGUUCGUCAAGAAUUGGAAAACAACAACGGUUCAAUGGAUAAGAUUAGCCAACUAAAGGUGCAUGUUGUAUCCGAAAAUAAUUUUCCCACCGCCGCUGGUUUGGCUUCCUCCGCUGCUGGAUAUGCUGCCUUUACUGAAGCCAUUGCGCGUUUGUACGACUUGACGUGGACUCCGACUGAGUUGUCCAGAAUUGCUAGACAAGGUUCCGGUAGCGCUUGUCGUAGCUUGUUUGGUGGAUACGUUUCAUGGGAGAUGGGACAAUUGCAUAGCGGAGCUGAUAGCGUUGCCGUGCAAGUUGAGCCUGUUGAACAUUGGCCUGAAAUGCGUGUUGCCAUCAUGGUUGCUUCUGCUGCUAAAAAGGGUGUAUCCUCUACUUCAGGUAUGCAAGCAACAGUUGCUUCUUCUACCUUGUUCCAAGAACGCAUAAAGAAUAUCGUUCCUGGACGUAUGCAAGCCAUGAAGCAAGCUAUCCGUAAUCGUGAUUUUGAAACGUUUGCCAAUCUUACGAUGACUGAUUCAAACCAAUUUCAUGCUUGCUGUCUUGAUACCCUUCCUCCUAUCUUUUACCUAAACGAUACCUCUAGAGCUAUCAUUCGUGUCGUUGAAAAUAUUAAUGCUGCUGCCGGAAAGACCAUUGCUGCUUAUACCUUUGAUGCCGGUCCCAAUGCAGUCGUGUACUUUUUGGAAGAAAACUCUUCGUUUAUUUUGGACGCCUUGCACGCCGUUUCUAAACACGCAGAAGGCUGGAAUGAAAGUGCUAGAAAUCCUACUUCCGUGAAGAUUGACGACGUUGCAGCAGAAACCGUAUCGUCUGGUGUGAGCCGAGUAAUUCUUACCAAAAUCGGUGAUGGUCCUCGUAUUUUAUCUCCUGAGGAGUCUUUAAUAAAGGAAGAUGGAACACCUAAAAAUGCUUAAUACUAGACUAAUCUGGACUUAGUUUUAUGUUUUUAAACGCAAUGCUAUGUAUUACUCUAGCUGAACUAAUUCACGGUAAACUUUGAAGAUGGAACUGGCACGGAUUCUUGAAAGCAAGAAAAGGCUAGUUGAAUGUUUAUUUCACCUUAGAUUUUAAUUUUAAUU